CGUCCAGUGAAACGAACAAUUACCUCAAACUAACCAUUUUCCUGAUUGCAAGACAAUCAGUGAGGUUUUUGAUGCGGUAAAAGUGUUCGAGAUUCGGUAAGUGAAGUGAAAAAAUCCCCACAGAUGCAAUAAUAGCAACAGUAUAACUUCGUCACUUUUCUCUCGCGCGAUUAGUGUUUCGCAAAUUGUCAUUAAAGGUAAUUCAUAUGAAUACCUCCGACGUUAAAUUACACUGCAAGAUAAGUGAUAUUGUGUUUAAUCUCGCUAAUCCCGCCAACUUUUGGACGACAUUCUCGGCCGUGCUCUAGUUAACUUUCAGCUCCAAGCCGUGCAACAAUGUCCCAAAUCACCGAAACCAAACCCGAAAACGGCGCCAUAGACCUAGAAGACGUCCAAAUCGACGGCGAAAAACCACAAAAGCCCAACAAAUGGCUCGCGUGCUUAAAGACAAACUUUCUGACUUUGGCCACCGUUGGCGGGGUUGUUUGUGGUAUAAUUGUGGGGAUUAUUCUGAAAGAAAGCGUGGGUUCGUUCACGAAAAGGGAAGUGAUGUAUGUGAGCUAUGUCGGUGAUGUUUUUUUGCGAAUGCUCAAAUCCCUGAUUAUUCCACUGAUUGUUUCUUCGCUGGUGUCCGCUAUUGCCAGUCUGGAUUUGUCCCUUUCUGGACGAAUAGCUGCAAGAGCUAUAGCUUAUUAUUUGACGACGACUUUCAUGGCUGUGGUUUUGGGAAUUGUGUUGGUAGCGUCCAUCCAGCCGGGGUCAAGCCAUGGGGGUGACAGCAGUAGUGAUAUCAACACGAGUGCUGUUCAGAGAAAUGUGACCACGGUUGACACUCUCCUGGAUUUGGUUAAAAAUAUGUUCCCGCCCAACGUCAUUCAAGCAUGUACACAACAGUACCGCACCAAUUUGGUACCUCCCAGCAAAACCCCCAACGAAACAGAUUUAUACAAAUGGGACAUCCAAGAAGAACUUGUAAACGGAACAAACAUUUUGGGCUUGGUAGUAGUUGCCAUCGUCGUCGGCAUAGCUCUUGCCCAACUGGGAGAAGAAACCAAAACUUUAGCCAAUUUUUUCCACAAUUUAAUGGCCCUCUCUAUGAGAAUCACAACGUGGAUCAUAAGACUAUCACCUGUCGGUAUCUUGUUUUUGGUCACAGCUAAAAUAAUGGAGAUGGAGGAUAUGGCAAUGGUGUUGAGUCAGCUAGGAUUGUAUUUUGCAACAGUAAUGGCAGGCCUUCUCAUUCAAGGAUUUGUUGUUUUACCUUUGAUAUAUUUCGUUCUGACCAGGAAGUCUCCGAUCACAUACUUGGUUAAUAUGAGCCAGGCUGUCGCCACAGCGUUUGGGACCGCUUCUAGUUCGGCCACCCUUCCGAUUACAAUCCAAUGUCUGGAAGAAAAGAAUGGAAUUGAUCCAAGAGUUGCACGGUUUGCAUUACCAAUUGGUGCAGCCAUAAAUAUGGAUGGUACGGCACUGUAUGAAGCCAUCGCUGCAAUUUUUAUUGCACAAGUGCGAGGAGUAGACUUAUCAGUUGGUAGUUACAUAGCUAUAAGUAUAACUGCAACUGCUGCCAGUAUAGGGGCUGCUGGAAUUCCACAAGCGGGUCUUGUUACCCUUGUUAUGGUCUUAGACACCGUGGGACUUCCUGCGGAAGAUGUGUCCUUGAUAUUGGCUGUUGACUGGCUUUUAGAUCGUUUUCGAACGGCCAUUAAUGUAAUGGGAGAUGCAUAUGGUGCUGGUGUUGUCCACCACAGAAGUCACAAAGAACUCCAAAAUUUAUAAAUUGACACAUUUAGGCCUAAUAAAUAUUUACGUACA